AUGGGUCCUUUCAGUCAUACCAUAGAUCCGGAUGGCGACUUGAUUAUUAUAUUGCGCAGUGCGAACUCGCCUUUUGCGCUGGCCGUUGGAGAGAAAGGUCCCAGUAUUCCCGACAAGGCAGCCAACAAUGAGGGUGUUACUGAUAAGAAUGAUAUUGACGAAGCGAAUGCCGAAGAGCAAGCGAUGAGAAGAGAUGAAAUCCGCUUUAUUGUCUCCGGGAAGCAUAUGAUAUUUGCCUCCCGUUUUUUCAAGAAGGCGCUCACCGGAGUGUGGAAGGAAGGCGUUGCAUUUCUACAAAAAGACUCGGUCGAAAUCAUGGCUGAGGGCUGGGAUCCUGAAGCUCUCUUGAUCGUUAUCCGUGCGAUUCAUUGUCAAUUCACCCAAAUACCCCGAAAGGUAACCCUGGAGAUGCUCGCUAAGAUUGCAGUCAUAGCGGACUAUUACGAUUGUAGAGAUGUUCUCUAUCUGAUGAAAGAUAUAUGGAUCGGUUCUCUGAAUGAAAAACUCACGACACCCUAUCCACGAGAACUCAUACUCUGGGUGUGGGUUUCUUGGUUCUUUCAGCUCCCUGCCCACUUCACGGAAUCCACCUUGGCCGCUAUAUUACGCACUAUUGGCCCAAUUAAUGGUCGGGGUCUUCCGAUCCCGGAUCGUGUCAUCAGAUCUAUAAACAAAACUCGAGAGGAGGCUAUCAAAAAUGUACUACAACUUCUCCACAAGACACGCGAGGCAUUCCUGAAUGAGGACAAAGGCUGUGGAUAUGAGUGCAGAUCAAUCAUGAACGGAGCCCUCGCUAUGCAAAUCCGAUCAAGCCCCCACCUUUCAACCAUGCCGAAGGCUCCUUUUCGAUGGCUGAGCUACGAGAUCCUUAAAGAGAAUGUCUUGUCAUUCAAAUCACCGCGAUGGUUCGAACUGCAGAUAUCGCGGGGUGCCGGCAGUUACCGCCAUGGUUGUCCUGACUCAUGUUUCGACUCCUUGUUCGCCGUAUUGAACGACCCUAUAAAGGGUCUGAAUAUAGGCGAAUUUGGUAUCACCUGA